CACACGUCCCCAAUCAAAUCUAAAAUUCAACCUCACAAUUCAGAUUUCCCUCACCUUCUUGCUAUUCUUCUUUUUCUGAUCUUUGAAUGGAACGCAAAAGUACAGAGCCACCAAGAUCGACCAAAAAAGCAGAGAAAACAACUCAUACAAUUAAUGUCUCCACCUCUUCCUCCAAUUAGAAACCCUAAUAAUCCCAAAAUUCAACUUCUUAAUUUUCAUCAAAAACCCAAUUCUUCGUUACCCGAUCUUCUCUUCACUGCUCUUUCUAUUCUCUUCCUUUUCUCUUCUUCUUCUGCACCAUCUUCAUUAAAACCUCUAUCUCUAUCCAUCAAUACCUUAAAUUUCAAUUUCCCUCGAAACCCACGUCGAGUUUUCCUAAAAAAUUCAAUCAUGUCCCAACCAAAACCAGACCCUUCCUCCUUUUCAUCUCCGAACUCUCUUUCUAAUUGGCUCAAAUCACGUUUACCAUCUGAUUCGUUUGCUUCUUGGGGUAUUAAACCUGGUACUAAGAACGUUCAUAAUCUUUGGCUUGAGAUUUCUGAAGGUGAAACUUCCUUACUUGAUUCAAUUCCUCCUGUUAGAACUGUUAAUGUUGUUUCAGUAAGAAUUAUUGAUGAAAAUGGUAGAAUUUUGCUUGAAUCGAAACAAGAAUUAUCUGAUGGGACUCACCGUGAAAGGAAUAGACCUUUAUCUGAAAAAAUGAAGCCCGAUGAGAGUGUUGAAGAAGCUGUUUUAAGAGCUAUAAGCGAAGAACUUGGUUCAAUAAUUGAUAAUGAUGUUAGUAGUAUUGUAAAGAUUAACACUGGUUCGUAUAAGAAGAAAGUUGAAGAAAGGGUGUCACUCUCAUAUCCGGGUUUACCUGCUUGUUAUGUUUUACAUACAGUUGAUGCUUUUGUUCAAGGAUUACCAACUGAGGAUUUUUGUACUGAAGAAGAAGAAUACAGUGAAUGUAGUGAACUUGGUGCUGCAGACAAGGCAGUCCAUGUUAAAAAGCAUUUUUGGAAAUGGGUUGAGUCAGAUUCUUUCUGAAUUAUUGAUUUAAGGUGAUGAACUUUUAGAUUCUUUAGUAUACAUAGUCUGUUUUUCAGUGGUGUGGUUAUCUUUUUACACUAUUAAAUGUUUGUUUCUUUUUUGUUGAAUCGUUUUGAUUUCGUUGAGUUGUAUUAUAACUGACAUAGAUUUCAGAACUUAAUAUGCCUUGGGUGAUGUAUUGUUGUAUGUACUUGCUGUUUCAUUGUAUUCUUUCUUAUUAUAGAUCCUAGAAUUUUAUCUCUUGAA